AUGUUGUCUGUUUCUAUCUAUCUAUCUAUCUAUCUAUCUAUCUAUCUAUCUAUCUAUCUAUCUACCAGAAAAUUGAAAAAAAGACAAAUUGCCUAUUUUCACUUUACCAUCUAUCUAUCUAUCUAUCUAUCUAUCUAUCUAUCUAUCUAUCUCACUAUCUAUCUAUCAUCUAUCUAUCUAUCUAUCUAUCUAUCUAUCUAUUCUCUAGCUAUUAUCUAUCUAUCUCAGUCUGUUCAUAAUGUAUGUAUGUAUGUGUGUAUGUAUGUUCAUGUCUAUGUAUCUUAUGUUCAUAAUCUAUCUAUCUAUCUAUCUAUCUAUCUAUCUAUCUAUCUAUCUAUCUAUCUCAGUCUGUUCAUAUGUAUGUAUAUCUAUCUAUCUAUCUCAUUUUGUCAUAUAAUGUAUAUCUAUCUCAUUUUGUUCAUAAUCUAUCUAUCUCAUUUUGUUCUAUCUAUCUAUCAUAUCUAUCUAUCUAUCUAUCUAUCUAUCUAUCUAUCUAUCUAUCUAUCUUAUUUUGUUCAUAAUCUCUAUCUAUCUAUCUAUCUAUCUAUCUAUCUAUCUAUCUAUCUAUCUAUCUCAUCUGUUCAUAUGUAUGUAUGUAUGUAUAUAUCUAUCUAUCUCAUUUUGUUCAUAAUCUAUCUAUCUAUCUCAUUUAUGUUCAUCUAUCUAUCUAUCUAUCUAUUUUGUUCUAUCUAUCUAUCUCAUCUAUCUCUCUAUCUCAUUUUGUUCAUAAACUAUCUAUCUUAUUUUGUCUAUCUAUCUAUCUAUCUAUCUAUCUAUCUAUCUAUCUAUCUAUCUAUCUCAGUCUGUCAUAUCUGUAGUUUUCUGUUCAUAUGUAUGUAUGUAUCUAUCUAUCUCAUUUUGUUCAUAAUCUAUCUAUCUCAUUUUGUUCAUAAUCUAUCUAUCUAUCUAUCUAUCUAUCUAUCUAUCUAUCUAUCUAUCUAUCUAUCUAUCUAUCUUAUUUUGUUCAUAAUCUAUCUAUCUAUCUAUCUAUCUAUCUAUCUAUCUAUCUAG